AUGUCGGGGAAUGGUGGUUGUAUUCAAUUGCUUAUUUCUCUAGUGGACAAUCCACCCGGGAAUCUCAAAGAAUGUAUUGACUGGGUGUUAAGGUUAACGGAGAAGGAUGAGCAUGGGCAGAUUAAUGGACACAGCCAUGGUAAAGGUAAUUCCGAUGCGAUGAAAGGUUUGGCUGAAAAGUUGCUUGAACUCUUAACUGCAGUCUACACUGAUAUAAACCAAAAUGAAGAGAAGUACGGUGGCGAAAGAAACACCAACCUUGAGACCGAUAAAGCCGUCCUUGAAGCGGUACUACUGUCGUUACAUAGUGAGCUAACAACUGGUAAGAAUGGUUUAAUCGAUAAACUGUCCCACAAACUUCGUGAUUUCAUUGGAUGGAAUGGUAGUGGUGGCUUGACCGGUUCUGGUAUUGGUAACAAGAAUCUUGGCAAUCAAUACAAAUCCGCAUACGGAGGCAUGGCCGAUUGGCAAAAAGUUACUAGUGAACAAAAACAAUCCGACGCAGCUUGCCUCUUCCUCGGCGCGCUCCCCGUUAUCUUCAGCGGCUUGAGUUAUUUGUACUGGCAAUGUGCCAAACCAAGUGAAAGGUGGGACAAAGACACAAUGGUGACCAUCACUAACACCAAUAAUGCUCUUGGCAUAUUUUUUCAAUGUUGUGGUUAUGAAACUAAUAGGUUAAAUAGCCUUAUGUAUGCCUCAGGAAUGCAGCCAAAGAGUGUCAAACAAUUACUUGGUGGCGGUACUUCUUUCACAGAAUUCAACGGUGCCACUUCCAAAGUCUCCGACCCCUACCCCGUGUACAUCAACGAAGUACUAACCAACGCCACUUGCAACCCAGAACAAUACCCACUCUCAUCCCUCUACCUAUGCUCAACAUACUAUUUCCAACAUCAACAAACCAAACAGAAAUACUGUAAAAACCAACCUUCAACAAUCCGUGAAAUGCUAUAUUGGCUAAUGGCCCUUCCCUAUACCCAAGUGAUUCAACAAUUGAGUAACAAACCUAGUGAUAUCAAGAAUUACUUAGGUAAAAAAGACAAUAGUAUUACCUUCAUCAAUGGCUCAAGAAGCACAAUCCCCUUCAAUCUCCAAGACAUCCCCUCCUACCUCCUCCCACCCUGUUUCAACGCCGGCUUUAUCCUCAUGACUAUACAAGGUAAAUUGUGUACACCCAAUACAACAAUAGUUGACACCACUCCUGGUAAUCCACCUAACAUACACAGCAUAUAUUCUAACUCCCACUUCCAAUUCAAUUACCCAGACAAUCCCACCGAUUGGUUCGAUAUGCUCUGGGAAGUUGUUUAUAAUCUCAUUUACAAACUAAAUUUUUUGAGAGAACAAUGCAAAACAUGUGUUGGAAUAGCUUGCGGUUGGUUAUGGUGCCGAUAUGGCGGUGAGAUCGCAUAUUUUACUGAUAAAGACGGUACAAACCUGAAAUCUUGGAUUUGCAAAGGUCCUUCGUGCACGCCACGUUCAACUGGCAGUUGCAAUCAAUCCCAACACUCCUCUUGCGGCACCAAUGGCACUCCCUCCCCCCUCCAAGCUUUCCUAUGUGACACACUCAAUGGCUUUCGAAAUCCCACACCUAUGGGUUUUGAAAACCACUCGUCCAAAUUCCCCCAAUCUCGUUACGGCAAACUCAUUACAACGAUGCUAAAUCCCUUCCUCGAUAAAUCUCGAGACGACGUUAGUUUAUACAACUUAUUCAUCUGUUGCUGCUGUGUCACGCUACGUAACCCUCUAACUAUCGCCGAUAUUUUUCCCUUUUUGUACUAUCUUGGAAAAUGUUAUCAAAAUCCUAAUGGUGGUGGCACUGAUUCCAUGUCGCUUAGUAAGUUAAUUGAAUCCCAAAUUGAAAGCCAUUUGUGGUCAGGCAUCCAUAAUAAACCGAAUAAAACUGAUAUCGGCACCCGUCUCAAAGCUCUGAGUGGCAAUGGUACGGCAAACAAGCAUAACGGUGUCUACCACCCCGCCGACCUCCACAGCCUAUAUGGAUGUAACGACACAGCCAACUGUUUAGGUUUCAUCAGGCCACUUUCUUGCUUUAUUUACACAACUUUUGUUACAAACGUGGGAGAUAGAUAUCUCUCAUGUAUCGUGUAUCUUUAUUUUAUUCUGUAUGAGGCGCUUCAAGGUUUAAUGCACAACUUCAAACAACUAAACUGUGAAAAAGAAAAAGGUUGUUCAGGAUCUUGCAAACCAACGGGGAACCUUCCUUGCCAUUCGAAUAUGGACCAACAAAACUGUGAGUGCACUUCCGUUGUACACUGUUCUGGAGUACUACCAUUGUUGUACGCCAACGGCUUUGCGUAUCACUUUCAGGAUACAACGAACGCUCAAAUAUCGACAAAAUGCAAAGCAUUCUCUGACCACCUCUCUGCAGUGCUCAAAAAAGGGGGACCGUAUGAUAGACUAUUGAAGGCCAUAAACACGUUUCUUUACCACAUCCGCAAACCCUUCCUCCUCUACCUCCUCACCUUCUGGCUACUCGUCCUCACCUACCUAACAUACUCACUCACAAUACCACUCGACAUUCUACACCUACGUUCACACCUACGCACUGCCGUGCUAUCACCACUAGUACUACUCACCAACUACACACAACCACAUGACAUCACAUACUUCCAACCGUAA